CCAAAACCAAAAAUAAAUAUGGCAAAAUCUCUUCUCAUGGUCAUGCUUGUAUCCAUUGUAAUGUUUUACAUGGCUUGUCCAAUUUUAUCCCAGGAGGUACAUGAAGAUGUAGUCAUAUCUCCAACUCCAUUCGAAAAAGCUAUUUCACCCGCAAUGGAAUAUGAAAUGAAGCUUCCCCAUUACUCGCAAAAACAGUAUGAUUUUCUAGAGGCUUGCGUUGAAAAGCCGAGCUCCAUAUGCGGAGGUGAGAUUUUCCAGAACGUGUUGGAUGAAACAAACCUAGUGACAGAUAAAUGUUGUCGUAAUAUAUUGAAGAUUGGCAAAGAUUGCCAUCUUGGAUUGAUGAAAAUCUUAUUCUCAUCGUAUGAAUAUAAAAAUAUUGCAUCUAUUCCAAGAAGCAAACAGACAUGGAACGAUUGUCUUCGUAGAGUUGGAAGCAAGAUUGGUGUUCCAGUCUCUUUUGAAUAGUAAACUAAUAUUCCAUCGUUCUGAUGUGAUUGAGCGUUUUUGUAAUUUGAAUGUUACCCUUAUAAAACAAUUAUCAUAUUAUUUUUAAUUUUAAGUUAAAGCCAUACAAUAUUUU